GAGAAGAGCAGGGCGAGGUGACGCGGUCCGUUCAAAAACGUUUAACGUCUGUGCAUUGCGUCGUGAGUUUUGCAGCGAACAGCUCUUACUUUUUGGAUAUAUGUGCCAGAAAGGCGUUUAAUCUUCGAUCCAAACCGUGGUUGAAGUACUACCAGUAGUUUAAGAAAUAUGGACGAAGAUGAUCCUGCCACCGUCAAGAGCAGAAAAGAACUACGCAAGGAGAAAUGGAUGGAAUACUUGAUGAAUAAACAAAACGCCAAGCAAAAUGUCAAUGGGUGUACAGAUAAGAAGCUUGAGUCUGCACUACAGCUCAUCAGGGGCAAAGAAAAUAAAACUCCGGUCACUAGUUUCCGUCAUGAAUCCAAAAAAGGCAAACCCUUGGCUCCUCUCGAUAACCGGAAGCCCCCCAGAAAGACAUUUCUCAUUGAGAACAAAGAGAACGUACGGACUGAACGCAGUCUGCCGACACAGUCGACACUCUGUAAAAAGCCAACGCUCACAGGAAAAUACACUGUUCCUGCUCUGAAUGUGACCAGUCUUCCCAAAAAAACACCAGCCGUCAGGAUACAGCCCACAGGAAAAGCACCUUCGAACUUUUCAGUGGCAAAGAACUCAAACGGGACUUUUAGGCCACCCUCAAAUGCCACCACUUCUUAUCCAGCAAAGACUUAUACAGCCCGUUUGAGUCUAAAGCCCAUCGUCAAUACAAGGACGGGGCUCACCCCUGCCAUGAUCCAACCGAAGGUCACUAGGCCCCUCCCGGCGGCAAAUGCCGGAGUUGUUCCUUCAAGAUUUCCCGUCCCUUCCUCCAAAGCGCCGGUGAAGAAAAUCCCACUUUACCAGAGACCGACUGUCACUCGAGAGCUCAAAUCCAUCCCCCCAAAAAAUCCUCUUUGUAAAAUCGCACCCAAAUCAACCCUGACAGCCUCGUCACACGCGUUACCUUCCACUAAGCUACCCGAGAAAGUGGCCAAACAGCCAACGAAGCGCACCUCUCAACCUAAAGGACGGCCGACGAGACAGAAAUCCGUAGUAGACGCACGUACGUCGCAAACGACAGCAGUGGCGGCGAGCAGGAAACCCACGGCAGCCAAACCAAGGACGGCCAACAUGACAACGAAAGGAACGAGUGCCCCUGCGGAGAAGCAGAGGGCACCGCGGACCACUGUCACUGUUGUCACUCAACCCAGAUUGGAGGCCAAAGCGACCAAGUCUCAAACUGUGGGAAAGACGAUGGCUGCUGAGCAGGCGGAGAGAAUGAAAAAACUACAGGAAUGGCGGGAAGCCAAAGGAAUUUCCUACAAACGUCCUCCCAUGCAGUUGAAGCCUCCGGUUCAACGCACCGUCGCACUGCGACCCUUCCAGAAGGCACAAGACGACGCUGGCUUGUUCAUCCGCGACGUGGACAGGUCACUGUCUGACUGCAUUAAGCUGCUCACCGAGGGUUGUUUAGUGUCGCAGGUGAAGGAGGUCCUCUCCCGGCUGCCGCCAGUGUCCCAGAAGUUUGCCAAAUUUUGGAUCUGUAAGGCCCGCCUGAUGGAGCAAGAGGGUGACCUGGAUGUCCUACCCAUGUUUGAGGAGGCUGUGCGUGUCGUGUUGGAGCCUGUCGACGAGCUGCGCACGGUGGUGUUUGACAUCCUGAAGAAGAAGGAGGAGACUCAAGCCCAUGUGGGAGACCAGAUGGAGGCGCACUGCACUCCGAGCAAAGGCGAUCAAACUGAGAAUUGCAAGGGCGAGGACACAAUAGUGACGCCCCCUGUCCGGGUUCUCAUCUACGGGGAGAGGGGACCCUCGUCCACUGUCAAAUACAAGAUCACAGCCACUCCCGGUGCCCCGUCCAGCCAGCAGCGGGAGCCGAUACGUGUGAACGGCAACGAGGUGCGCUUCUUCACGCCUGUGCGCCGCUCGACACGCAUUGAGAGUGCGUCGCAGCAUUAUCCGACCUCCCUGCAGGAGCACGACCAAUGCGUGGCGUCCAUCGCAGAGUUAUUGGCCACCGAGGAGAAAGAGGAAGCCGAGGUGAGAGGCGACACUAUGUACAUCUACAGGGAGAACGAGAUGCUCAAAGACAAAAUGGUUGUCCGGCUGUUGAGUGAGCAGGACGAAGAUUGUCGGUAGACGGGCCGCUACAUGAGGUACGCCUGCCCACUGCUUUUCACCGCUGUUUCUUUCACGACGUGCAGUUCCUUGUUUGGAUUAUUUCACCUACUUUUUGUCCUUCGCGUUUGUCACCCCUUCUAAUUCCCAAAUCUUCACAGUAUUCAGUACAUUCUUGGUAAUAUUUUUG